CACGCUGACGUCCCCGCGCUCGCCCCGCCCCCGGCUGGUGCGGAAGCGGCGAUGGCGGUGUCCGCGAGGGUUCCUACGCUGCCCGCUGUGGUGGAAGAGCUGCUGAGCGAGAUGGCGGCGGCGGUGCGGGACGGCGCACCGAUUUCUGAUGAGCAUCUAUUAUCGCUGAAGUUUGUCUUCGGCUCCUCAGCCGUCCAGGCCCUGGACCUCGUAGACCGGAAGUCCAUCACCUCAAUGUCAUCGCCCAGUGGGCGGCGUGUGUACCAGGUUCUUGGAAGUUCUGGCAAAACAUACACGUGUUUGGCUUCUUGUCACUACUGCUCGUGUCCGGCCUUUGCCUUCUCGGUGCUGCGGAAGGGUGACAGCCUGCUGUGCAAGCACCUCCUGGCAGUUUAUCUAAGCCAGGUCCUGGGGACCUGUCAGCAGCUCAGCGUCUCUGACAAGCAACUGACCGACUUGUUGAUGGAGAGGACGCAGGACGCAUAAGAGGAACAGGUGGAGCCUCGCCGCCUUUCCAAAUAGAAGGCCCUCGGGAAACGCAGGCAGCCCGUCCCGUGUGGCUCACCCGGAGGAGGAAGAGCUGGGCUUGGUACUGUCCCCUGCCCCCUGGCCUGCGGACGGGACUGCAGGCUGGACUCGGGGCGCGUGUGCGGUUUGACACCUUCGUGACAAAGCUGAGCCGGCCUCUAGGCCUGGGGGUAAAACAUUUCCAGGUGGAAUCAAGCAUUUUAGACUCGAAAGCCUCAUAUCACCCCAUGUCCACAGUCAGAGUCCCAAGCGACUAAAGUGCUAGUGAUUUUGAAGAGGUUGAAGUGGCAGGCGAGUCGGUAAGAAGAAUGACAUUUAGAUGAAUAAGCGUGCGUUCUUGUUGGGUCCAGAAGAAGAUCAGAAGCAGGAGUUCCCAUCGUGGCGCAGUGGAAACGAAUCCAGCUAGGAUCUUCCAGGCUCCUCAGAUCCAGCGUGGCCGUGAGCCGUGGUGUGGUUUGUCUGUGCAGCUCAGAUCCGGCA